AUGAGCGUCAUGCACGUUGCAAGCGCAGGUGCAAACGAGGCUUCGAAUGGCUGGCUGCCCCACGAAAAUUCCCGUCCCAAACCCCUCGGCGACAGUGCGAAGCCCUGGCAAGAGCAACACCGUGGCCACAACGCCAUCGCGCCUCCUGCUGAGUGGGAUGGAUCUCUUUUCGAUGGCCUCAUCGAUCACAGCGCAAAUCAGUCGGAUGACACCGUCUCCGUCUCGGACGUCUCCACCCCACCUCUCGAUGGACCCAACACUGCUGGCAUCCACCAUCCCAAAUCCGAAAUGUACUUUGGCGACGGUCCUCAGCCAAACAUGGCUCUCUGGCAAGACUCGUACAAUGUGCGCCAGCCUCAGCACCUCCAUCCUCACUGGCAGGGCAUGCCUCAUCAUCCUCACGAAGCUCAAAUUAAGCGAGAGCACAUGUACAGUCAAGAAGGGGCACACAUGCACCCUGCCAUGCAUCACCACGCGGCCAACGGCUACUUUCCUUCCAAUGCGCCUCUAUUCCAGGGAGCGGGCCCCAACACACCCUCUAUGCCGUGGAACUACAUGCGCUCAGUAUAUAUGUCGAAUCUUGCGAAUCGCGACGAUUCUGCUCGCGCCAUGGAAGUCUGCGGGCCUCAAGUGGACAGCAACGUUCAGACGCGUAGGCGCAGCAACACGAUCGUCCAGACGCGUCGUCGAGCCAAAUCGUUGAGCAAGCCAGCGAUUCAGCCUUCUCGUCGACCCAUCACCUGCCCGACGUGCGGUGAGCGCAUCUCUUCUCAGCGGAACCUCAAAGCCCACUCUCGCGAGCGACACGAAAAGGUCAGACCCUUUGUCUGCUUGAUCUGCAUCACUUCCACCAAUGGUCGCGCUCAUGCUUAUAGCCGCAAAGAAGGGGUCAAGAGACACGUCAAGACUUGCCACCCUGGGUGCGAUCCUGAGCGCAACGUCGGCCAGACGAGAAGCCGAGAACAUGUCAACUUGGCCCGCCCUCAACCGCUGAUGAAGACUAUUCCCAGCUAA